GACCAAGCAGCCACGGCACUUCAGUUGCGAGUACUGUAGUCUCGGAGAGAACUUCUCCGAGAUCAGUGCCAGCACCCACGCCGGCGCAGCAGCUAGCAAACAGUUUUUUUUUUUUUUCAAGAAGAGUUUGUGGGCGGAUAUUCGAAUUCGACGGAUGUCUCACAAGUGAUCGGCGACCAAACCCGGAAGUUUGAGAAAUACCUCGAGGGGGGAGCUGCUACUUCUACGAAAGUGUCAGAGGGUCAUCGGCGCAAGAAGAAUAGGACCAGAAGUGCCGACACAGAAAGUAGUGACGCGUCACUGUCCAAGCCGUUUUUCCGGUCAUCUUUCACUUUCACCGGUUUUCCGAAAAAUGAAGUGUACACGAUUCUGAAACAAAGCUGCAAUCUCUGGGAAGCAAGAGUCAAGCGCGCGACUGCUGGGCCUGCUGAAGCUUGGUGGGAGAAGCUGUGGCGCCUGCUCAUGCUUGCCUCGUCUACAAAGCAAAGACUCCAACAGAAAAGACGAAACGUCAAUCUUGUGACCGUGGAUUUUCUUGGUAACGUGUUGUGGCGGUCGAGGUAUGGAAAGCAGCAGUCCCUUGUCGAGAUGAUAAAAGCCUCGAACUUCGCGAUAAUUGAGAAAAGUCUACUUCCGGAUGAAGCGAAGCGAAGGUCUGAUGGCCCGUCCAUGCCUGGUCGUGAGCAAGAGCGUCAAGAUGAGCCGCAACAUCAAGAACAUGACGCAGGGAGCGCUACUAAGAUGUUGGACCACGCCCACGACCACCAUUACGUGGCGCGCCACUUUCUCAGGCCCGAACAGUUGUUUCCGUUCGGCCGAAGGGCUUUCCACUUGGACCCCGCGCGCAUGUAUUUCCCCGGCACAAACCAUCUCCCGCCACCACCGCCGUUUACACAUCUAAAUUAAAACUGAUCUCCUAGGGAGUAGAAAAUCAAAAUGACAUCAAGAGUGGAGUACGAGUAGACAUACAUAGUUCAUCAUGCAAGUUGAAGUACACAGUUGGCACAGACCACACAGCGUACUACCAAUAUCAAGAACGUCAUAUUUCUGGCUGGACUGCCAUCAUAAUCAUAGCAGAAUUCGAGUAUUUUUGCAAAUGCAGAAACACAUAACAUCAUGAGCAUGAAAUUAACACGACUUCUCUCGCAGCAGAUUGCAGGAAUUACAUUCCUCGUACAGAUCAUACAUACAGACUACCGCAGCCCGGGCCUUGGUGGCUGAGUAGGGGAUGAAAGUAGAAACAUGUACGUAGUACUUAUGCACAGAUUCGCUUCGACUUCACCACACGACGCGUCAGGAAAAAAUGCGCAAACCUGGACCUGCUGAUCAACAAACUCAGGUCAUUGAAGCACAGAAAGUGAGUAAACUCUCAACAUCGAUUGCCAACUGUAAGAUUGGAGAACAAUGUCAAUGCUUUGUUCUGUAGUUUUUUUCCAUAGAGGUCGACAACAUUAGCACGUCGAAGGACAACAUGAACAUGAUGAUGGUGUGAAUGAAUACUCAUGGAUCGAGAACCCUUCCUGUUCAUCUUCCGGCACGACGGCGUUGCUCCAACUAGAAGUUUUAGUCACUGAUGCACAUGCAACGUAGUGGACG